GACAAAUUUAUGUUCGAAAAUCGCAGAUCAAUGACCGGACCAGUGGAACUGUUCGAACAGUGCAAACGCUCCAGCAAAAGUGCAAUACCUUUUCCUCCGGCCGGUUCGCACAAAACCCCUCCCACAGGCGGAAGAUCCCACGAUCGCUUUCGCGCACAGUGCCUUCUAUGCACUAAUGCUAAUUCCUUCUAUUGUACAUGGCACAACGGUAGAGGUAUGCGUGAGUACGGUGUACCCGACCGGACCCGAUCGUUGCCUACUACGAUCGGUCAUCCAUCAAGCUCGAAGGGAUUGCGCCCCUCCACGAUUGCUCAGUGUGCUUGCGAGUACAAGUACUAA